CCCCAACCUUCUUUCUCUUCCUAUUUCUGCAUUCUUCUUUCUUCCUAUCAUCAAUCUAUUAAAUCUCUGAAAGUAAUCCAUGAGUGUUCCGGCAAUCUCCAAGGAGUCCUGGCCAUGCCACGUGUCUCCGGCCGACGUCCAUGUCGUCACCGCCGGCGGCCAUAGCAUCCCCGCACAUUCGAGGGUCCUGGCUGCAGCUUCGCCGGUGCUAGAGAAUAUGAUCUCAGGGCAGACCAUAAAAAUUCUCGGUGCCCCCUACGACGCCGUCCUCGAAUUCGUCCGCUUCCUCAACGCUGGAGAAGCCAGACGGCCGCCUCUUGAGGCAACGGAGGCGAUGAACCUGUACGGCGUUCAGCUUCUGGCGCUCGCUCACGCGUACCGUGUCGGAUGGCUAAAGCGGCUCUGCGAAGCAGCCGUGGGAGGGCGGGUCGGAUCAGAUGACGUGGUCGAGGUGAUGAAACUCGCGCAGCUCUGCGACGCGCCGCAGCUUCGUCGGCGUUGCCUCGCUGUAGCGGCGAAGGACUUCACCGCCUUGCAACGGACGGAGGGUUGGCGGUUCGUUCAGAACCAUGACCCCCGGCUCGAGCUAGAGAUUUUACAAUUUAUGGCGGAGAGGGAUCAGAGGAGGAAGAGGUGGAGAAGAGAAAGGAUGGAUCAGGAGGUCUUCUUGCAACUCAGCGAGGCUAUGGAAUGCUUGGAGCAUAUUUGUACUGAAGGGUGCACGGUGGUCGGGCCGCAUGACGGGGAACCACCGAGCCGGAACAGGGGACCCUGCACAAGCUUCCGCACUUGCGAAACACUGCAGCUUCUUAUCAAACACUUUGCCCGGUGUGGGAAGAAGUUCGCCGGCGGCGGUGGCUGUGUACAGUGUAAGCGGAUGUGGCAGCUAUUCCGGCUUCAUUCGUCGAUUUGUGACCGGGAAAGCUGCAAGGUGCCUCUUUGCAGGCAAUUUAAGGUGAGGGCGCCGGAGAUAGGGAAGGAGAAAGGAGACGAUGCCACCUGGAGAUUGCUGGUGAGGAAGGUGAUAUUGGCCAGAGUCAUGUCAUCGUUAGCUGCGAGGAAGACGCCGGAACAGCUCAUAAAGGCGUGGGAAAGAUACAGGCGAAAGAACUGAGAUCCACGCUUUGCUUCUUUCUUUAUUUUGAAAGAAGAAAGACGUAAAAAACAAAGAACAAAAAAUAAAAGAGCUUUACGAAUUAGGAAUCUCCAACCGAAACUCUCAUUUUUUACUGUAAAAAUGCAUUAAAAUCAAAAGCGCCUUUCUCAAAUAGAGUUCCGUAGAGAGAAAGAAAUGAUGGAAGUGAACAGUGUGACGUCAAUAUUGGCAUUGCCCUGUUCAUCAGCGACUGAAUGACGGUAAAAUUGGAGUUCGGUUGGAACGUCUAAGGCUCUCCAUUCACGUGUUUGCUGAACGGCUGGAGAAGGCCUAAGAUCAUAUCUGAUUCGAAUAGCUCAAAGAUAUAUUUUGUUGAAUAUGGGUCAAAGUUUAUUUGUGCUUUUGAAUAAUAAUAAUAAUAUUGGGGUUUGAUAAAAAGUAAAAAAAUCGAGAAUUACCAAACAUUUUAUAAGCUAUUUUACCGUUAUGAUUGAUCCA